AACACUGUCACAAAUGGAUAACAAAGCGAAACAAAACCAAAGAUAAACUGAUAAUUUCAUAGAUAAGCUCUCAGCACCAAACAAUAAUUCUACUCUUUCUUUUUUAGCUUCUUCUUUUGCCUUUUUUUCCAGCUUUUUUUUUUUGCUCUUUCCCUUUCACUAGUUCAUGAACUGAACAUAAAAGAGAAAACGAUGGCAGCUUUGCAGAAUUCAGUGCCUUCUCUCCAUCAUACAUUGUUCAUUAAUUUCUUUCCUCAGAAAGGAUUGCGGAAGCAUCAUCAUGGUGCAUUUCUUUGCUGUAAAAGAGGUGUUUCUGUUCAUGUAAGGGCUGAGCAGUCAUCAUCAGCUGCAGAUUCUUCCAGCUCUUCUCACUUUCAAGAUAGUUGUGGGAGACGCCAAAUGAUUGCUGCUGGCAUCACUGGUCCUUUGGUUUCAAUUGUUGACCAAACUCCUAUUGCAUUUGCUGCAGAAACGAAAAAGGGUUUUCUCUCAAUGACAGACAAGAAAGACGGAUACUCAUUUCUCUAUCCAUUUGGGUGGCAGGAAGUAGUCAUUGAAGGUCAAGACAAGGUAUUCAAAGAUGUUAUUGAGCCAUUAGAAAGCGUCAGUGUGAAUUUGAUAGCAACCAGCAAACAGGACAUUCGAGACUUUGGGUCCCCACAAGAGGUAGCUGAAACUCUAAUCAAGAAAGUUUUGGCUCCUGCAACACAGAAAACAAAGCUAAUUGGGGCUGCAGAGCAUGAUGUAGACGGAAAAGCUUAUUAUACAUUUGAGUUUGUUGCCCAGGCUCCAAACUUCACUCGACAUGCUCUUAGUGCAGUUUGUAUUGGAAAUGGUAAAUUCUACACUUUGACAACCGGAGCCAAUGAGAGAAGGUGGGACAAGAUGAAAGACAGAUUGUUCACUGUCAUAGACUCCUUUAGGAUAUUCAAUGUUUGAAAGCGGUUGUUCAAACUUUUAAUAACCCAAUUGGCGAACAACAUACUUCUUGAUUGUGAGCAUUGUGCAUUUUCCGGAAAUUGUAACAUUACCGAUUCUUGUCAAUACUUUGUCUUCCUCCUCUUCUUUUUGUUUCCCUCUGGAACUGAAACAAUCUUUGUGUAAUUAUAUUACACUGCGAUUCCAAAUGCAAAAGAACUAGUAAUCAAAUUCUCAUUCCUCU